AUGGCGGCGGGCGGCGCGGAGGGCGGCUCGGGGCCCGGCGCCGCCAUGGGGGAUUGUGCGGAAAUCAAGUCGCAGUUCCGCACCCGCGAGGGCUUCUACAAGCUGCUCCCCGGCGACGGCGCCGCCCGCAGAUCGGGUCCGGCUUCCGCCCAGACCCCGGCGCCGCCCCAGCCGCCGCAGCCCCCGCCCGGCCCUGCCUCUGCCUCGGGCCCCGGCGCCGCGGGCCCCGCUCCGUCCCCUCCGCCUGCAGGCCCCGGGCCCGGGCCCGCGCUGCCUGCGGUGCGCCUAAGCCUCGUGCGCCUCGGGGAGCCCGACGGCGCCGGGGCCGGGGAGCCGCCCGCCACGCCCGCGGGGCUGGGCGCCGGGGGAGACCGCGUCUGCUUCAACUUGGGCCGCGAGCUCUAUUUCUACCCGGGCUGCUGUCGCCGUGGGAGCCAACGGUCCAUUGACCUCAACAAGCCAAUUGACAAGCGGAUCUAUAAGGGCACUCAGCCCACCUGCCAUGACUUCAACCAGUUCACUGCUGCCACGGAAACCAUCUCCCUGCUGGUGGGAUUCUCAGCCGGUCAAGUCCAGUACCUGGAUCUCAUUAAGAAGGACACCAGCAAACUAUUCAAUGAGGAGCGGCUCAUCGACAAGACCAAGGUGACGUAUCUGAAGUGGCUGCCCGAGUCAGAGAGCCUGUUCCUGGCGUCCCAUGCCAGCGGCCACCUGUACCUGUACAACGUGGGCCACCCAUGCGCCUCCGCGCCGCCGCAGUACAGCCUCCUGAAACAGGGUGAGGGCUUCGCCGUCUACGCCGCCAAGAGCAAGGCGCCUCGCAACCCGCUGGCCAAGUGGGCCGUGGGCGAGGGGCCCCUCAACGAGUUCGCCUUCUCACCCGACGGCCGGCACCUGGCCUGCGUCAGCCAGGAUGGCUGCCUGCGCGUCUUCCACUUCGACUCCAUGCUCCUGCGGGGGCUCAUGAAGAGCUACUUUGGGGGCCUGCUCUGCGUGUGCUGGAGCCCCGACGGGCGCUACGUCGUGACGGGGGGCGAAGACGACCUGGUCACCGUGUGGUCCUUCACGGAGGGCCGCGUGGUGGCCCGGGGCCACGGCCACAAGUCCUGGGUCAACGCUGUGGCCUUCGACCCCUACACCACGAGGGCAGAGGAGGCAGCGGAUGAGGGCGCCGACGGGGAGCGGAGCGGCGAGGAGGAGGAGGAGCCGGAGGCCGGGAGCACAGGCUCGGGCGGGGGCGCCCCGCUCUCCCCACUCCCCAAGGCCGGCUCCAUCACCUACCGCUUUGGCUCGGCCGGCCAGGACACGCAGUUCUGCCUGUGGGACCUCACCGAAGACGUGCUCUACCCACACCCUCCCCUGGCCCGCACGCGCACCCUCCCAGGCACGCCUGGCACCACGCCGCCUGCUGCCAGCGGCUCGCGGGGUGGGGAGCCGGGCCCCGGGCCCCUGCCCCGCUCGCUGUCCCGCUCCAACAGCCUCCCGCACCCCGCGGGCAGCGGCAAGGCGGGCGCCCCCGGCACCGCGGCAGAGCCCGGCACGCCCUUCAGCAUCGGCCGCUUCGCCACGCUCACGCUGCAAGAGCGGCGGGACCGGGGGGCCGAGAAAGAGCACAAGCGCUACCACAGUCUGGGCAACAUCAGCCGGGGUGGCAGUGGGGGUGGGGGCGGCGGGGACAAGCCCAGCGGUCCCGCCCCCCGAAGCCGGCUGGACCCCGCCAAGGUUCUGGGCACCGCGCUUUGCCCGCGCAUCCACGAGGUGCCGCUGCUGGAGCCGCUGGUGUGCAAGAAGAUAGCCCAGGAGCGGCUUACAGUCCUCCUCUUCCUGGAGGACUGCAUCAUCACCGCCUGCCAGGAGGGCCUCAUCUGCACCUGGGCCCGGCCGGGCAAGGCGUUCACAGACGAGGAGACCGAGGCCCAGACAGGGGAAGGAAGUUGGCCCAGGUCACCCAGCAAGUCAGUGGUAGAGGGCAUCUCCUCCCAGCCAGGCAACUCCCCAAGCGGCACAGUGGUGUGA